UGAUGGACGUCGCCCUUUUGAAGCUCCUUUAAGAUGUCUUGGAUACUAUAGAGGCUAGUACCCGUGAUAGAACCUCCAGCAUCUUGUGUGUGUUGCUUUAUAAGUUAUAGUGAUUUUUAUGUUUUACACUAUGCUCCCACACAAAAAAAUUGCAUGACUCAUGUCAGUAAUAAUAAUCUUGAUUAUGAUUCAUUGAUGUUGAACUUGACACGCUUCUACUGACUUCCCCAGAGACAGAUGGUACUGCAGAACCACCGCUCCUCCCCAGUGAAGGCGGGAACAGUCUCUGAUGGGCAACGUCAGCUAGCUAAUAACAUCGAAAGUCUGAUUGUCAAUCACCCAUAUCUGUUUUCCAUUGGGGAAACGGUAGAAAGCCAACGAAUCAAUGAGAACGUCUUCCAAUGAGAUUGAGAUAAUGGCAGGAUUUUAAUCAAGCUGGAAUACGAUUGACGAAUGACUGAAAGACGUCUGGGGGAGAAUUUUUAAUGUUUUAUGAAACUUUAUUCAUAAUUAUAUAUAACUAUUCUUAACUAUACUACUGAAGUUACACUACUGAAUGCAAAGAAUAAAAGGAAGCUAAUCCAAUGGAUAGGAUUUUAGACGGAGGGGCGAUCCAUUUAUAAUCAAUCAAAACAGGGAUUUCAUAGUGAUCACUCAACGUGAAAAACUGAAUUAAAGCGUUAGGCUUUUUGAUUUAUUGGGGUGGAUAAAAGAUUAAAUGUAAACCAGCUCCGGAUGCAGGCGUACAGGGAGGGAGCGGAUUCAUUGUUGAUUGACACUUCACGUGAUCAGUAAGAAUCGUCGACCGAUCGGACAAAAACACCGAAGCACGUUUAAUUUGUGAUUGAUAUAGACUUUAGCCAAUAAAAAUGCUGGAAAAACAUCCAAUACGCAUGUUGGCUUUAUGGAAAGAGGCCGAAUUCAGUGUUAACGGACGUAUAUGUUGACCAAUCGGGACGCAGAUCGUAAAGACACUAUCCAAUGAGAGCAAGGCAGAAGUUGCUCCGGGAGACGCGGGAGAUCGGCCUAGAAUAGCGCGGGAUACAAUCGUUGGGCAAAUUAGGGAGCUGGGCGUUUGUCCUUGGAGCGCCAAUUGAGCCCGAGGAUCAGAGCGAGUGACGGGCCGCGGCUUGGAACCGAUCCCCGGCCUGCAGGGUGGAAGCAGGCCUGGGAUCCCGGGGCGUUAACUCGUAUUGCGAAUUGAAAGGGCGACUGGCUGCUUUGGGAGAUAGCGAGUGGUACGCGGCUUCUGGCUGUGUCUCCGCUUACUGUACUGAGUUGCAUUGGAGUCUACUAUAUUUUACUGUAUUUAGCAGAGACCUUUGCAUUGCUUUACCUUCCGGGGCAUUGCUUUGAAAUAUUUUGUGUACACUGAAACGUAAUUUGCCUUUUUCAGUUUAAAAUUUCCAGUAGUAGGCGAGCAACGUUCAGCAGCUAUCCAAAGGCUUUGAUUUGACACCAGCUACGUAUCUAUCUUGUGGCGUUUGCUUGCUAGCUGGUUCUGAAUAAGGAAAGUAUGACCUCUGCAUCUACCAAGGUGGGCGAGAUAUUCUCUGCAGCCGGUGCUGCCUUCACCAAGCUGGGAGAGUUGACCAUGCAGCUUCACCCGGUGGCCGAUUCCUCGCCGGCUGGUGCCAAGUGGACGGACACAGAGAUUGAGAUGCUGCGCUCGGCUGUUAAGCGCUUCGGAGAGGAUUUAAACAAAAUCAGCACCGUCAUCAAAGACCGUACAGUAGCGCAGAUCAAGACCACAGUGAAGAGGAAGGUCUACGAGGACAGUAGCAUGCCGCUCCCUUCUGAGUCCCCCAAGAAGACCCAUAAGAAGAUGGCAACCCCUGUGGCAACAACUGGAGCCCCAACAAGCACGACGCCGCCCACAGCGACAGUGGGGUCUGGGAACGUGGCCUCCACAGACUCGACAGGGGCUAAGAAGCAGAAACCAUCAGAUGUGACCCUCAGUGCCCUGAAUGACUCUGAUGUCAACAGUGACCUGGUGGACAUCGAAGGCCUGGGUGACAGCUCUCCAGCUAAGAAGCUCAAUUUUGACCAGGAUAGUCUGAGCCUCGAUUCCAGUCUCAUCAUGAGCACCUCAGACACCCCGCUCCCGUCUCGCUGAAUUACCUACCCCUCCCACCACCUUCUCUUCCUCCUCUCUACUCUACCGGCCCCCUCACUCACAGAGGGAGCCCCACUCCUCCUGUCAGCCAGGAGGUCGGCCAGCAGAAUUCAGUCCAGUGCCAGCAAAGACCAGAGCCGAGCUGACCAACUCCGACUGACGCUGCAUGUUGCUCAAUUCCAAGGAGCUCCAUUGGUGACUGUUGACCACCAUUGCAAUGGGAUUUUAUUUUAGAGGUGUAUGGAUGGAUUUUUCAAUUAAAACAAAAACUACUCACAAUCUGUCA